AGCGCGGCGGGCUAGCGGGCGGGCUUGGGUCUCCAGAUGGUGGGACGUAGCGUCUUUAUUUACUUACUUAAAAAGAAAAUCUCAAAAAGGUUAAUGUGGUCAGGACACUACAUACAUAUUUCAAACGCCUACUAUUUUUCUGUGCCUACUAUGCGAGAUACUUAUGGACUGGGAGAACUCUCUGGGCGAAGGGGGCGGGUGGAAAGAAUGGAGGUUCCUGUGGCUUGGGGCGGGACCCCAGACUGGCAUCUUCAGAGCGCCGCUCCAAGGCUGUUCGGCAGGAGGAUUUCCUGUGUUUUCAGAUGGAUUUUAAAAUUGAACACACUUGGGAUGGUUUUCCAGUGAAGCAUGAGCCAGUGUCUGUCAGGCUGAAUCCAGGUGACAGAGGAGUGAUGAUGGAAGUUAGUGCUCCAUUUUUCAAUGAUCCUCCAGCCCCACUCGGAGAACCGGGAAAGCCAUUCAAUAAACUGUGGGAUUAUGAAGUUGUGGAAGCGUUUUUCUUGAAUGAUGUAACUGAGCAGUAUUUAGAGGUUGAACUUUGUCCCCAUGGACAACAUUUAGUACUUUUGCUCUCUGGAAGAAGAAACGUGUGGAAACAAGAACUUCCUUUAUCAUUCAGCGUUUCCGGAGCGGAGACAAAAUGGGAAGGCAAAGCCUAUCUUCCUUGGAGUUAUUUUCCACCAAACGUGACAAAAUUCAAUUCAUUUGCAAUUCAUGGAUCAAACGAUAAAAGAAGUUAUGAAGCUCUUUACCCUGUACCUCAGCACGAACUGCAACAAGGACAAAAACCUGAUUUCCAUCGUCUAGAAUAUUUCAAACCUUUCAAUUUUAACACACUGCUUGGAGAAGAAUGGAAACAACCAGAAUCAGACCUAUGGCUAACAGAGAAAUCUGAAAUAUAA